AUGCGAAACGACAUAGCUGCUAAUAUCAGGCAAGGCAAUUUAUCUCAUCGAACACACGGAGCUUUACUGAUGAAUCAAAAUUAUAAUGGAGAAAAUGAUGCUGAUAAUGACGGAGAAAAUAAUUCUGAUAAUGAUGAUGACGAUGAAGAAAAUGAAACGAAUAAUCAUGCGAAUGAUUUCCAAUCACGUAUACGAACAAGCGAAGUAGUUGAUGAUUCAAGUAACGACGAAGAAGAAUAA